UAACUUCACAAGCAACCGGCAACCGGCAAAGCUAUAACAACAUGACUAAAGUCCAAAGUAUCCAAACCGCACGCGAUCCUCCCCUCCCCAACCUUUGGUGAAAUCACCGCACUUCCUCUUCUCCUUCAGAUCCCUCACACUGCAAUUCGAUCCAACUUCAGAACAAGGUUUCCCAGUAAAUUAAGAAGAUGAGUCAAGUUUUCGAAGGAUACGAACGCCAAUAUUGCGAACUCUCUGCUAAUCUCUCCCGCAAAUGCAGUUCCGCUUCUCUUCUUUCUGACAAAGUUUUGCUGGAGAAGCUGGAUGAUAUUUACUGUGCCGUGGGUCAAAUGUUUCAUGAGCAUGUUUCUCUCACUGCCACAUAAAUAUAUGUCAAUACCAUUUUUUCUUACAUUAGAUCCUGUUACUGAUUUUUCGUUGUGAUCAAUACUAAUUUCAGAAGAGAAGCUGCAAAAAAUUUCUGAGAUCAAAACUGGACUUGAUGACGCAGAUGUUCUGAUUCGGAAGAUGGACCUUGAGGCAAGAAGUCUGCAGCCAAGUGUAAAAGCAAUGCUUCUUGCAAAGUUGAGGGAAUAUAAAUCUGAUCUAAAUAACUUGAAAAAAGAAUUUAAAAGAUUAACAUCUCCCACAGCUGAUCAGGCUGCUCGGGACGAUUUGUUGGAGACCGGAAGGGCAGAUGCAUAUUUGGCAUCUUCUGAUCAGAGAGAAAGACUAACUAUGUCUGUGGAGAGAUUAAAUGAAUCGAGUGAUAGAAUCAGGGAGAGCCACAGAGCAGUGUUGGAGACCGAAGAACUUGGCGUCUCAAUCCUCCAAGAUUUACACCAGCAGCGCGAGACUCUCCUGAGCUCCCAUAAAAGGCUUCAUGGAGUGGAUAAUGCUAUUGACAAGAGUAAGAAAGUUUUAACCACCAUGUCACGGAGAAUAACAAGAAACAAAUGGAUCGUUGGAUCUUUGAUUGGAGCUCUUGUUUUUGCAGUAGUUGUUAUUCUGUUUUACAAGCUAUCUCGUUAGGUAACAUGCGCAGGAUACGACGCAAUUCAAGUGAUCUUUUUAUAGUACUUUGUAUGUGCUUGGUUGUAAAUAGGAACCAUAUAUAUGUUGUUUGUCAUAUCUCUGCAAUUGUUUCUCCAUUGUUUUUUUUUAUGAUCGGUGAAGUUGUCUCAAUGAUUUCUUGGUUUUCAUGCUCUACAUUUGUUUUGAAACGAAAUAGUGUUUACUUGAUGCAUGUAUACUCCUUUUAUGACACGAUGCAAGUAAAUUUGAUCAUCUAUACUCAUUUUAUGGAAGUGUAUGAAUUUAUUGAA